GUUGCGGGUACGGUAAUCGGUCGAACUUGUGUAAUUCUGUUCCAGUGACAUCAUCGUGAGAUUUUGUGAUGGCAAAGCAUCAUCCCGAUCUUAUCUUCUGUCGCAAACAGCCUGGAGUCGCCAUUGGCCGUCUCUGCGAAAAGUGCGAUGGAAAAUGCGUCAUAUGUGAUUCGUACGUGAGACCUUGCACCCUGGUACGAAUCUGCGAUGAAUGCAACUACGGAAGCUAUCAGGGUAGAUGCGUCAUAUGCGGUGGACCAGGAGUUUCUGAUGCUUACUACUGCAAGGAAUGCACAAUCCUGGAGAAAGACAGAGACGGAUGUCCAAAGAUCGUCAAUCUCGGUAGCUCGAAGACGGAUUUGUUUUAUGAACGGAAAAAAUACGGAUUUAAGAAAAGGUGUCAUUCCCUCGGUCUUGCGUUCUUCUAUAAUGGAGAACAUAAAUUCAGUUUCAUGGAUGGUGGCACGAAGUGUGGCGCAUUCGGUAAUUUCGGUUGGACGAAACGUUUUAUCGAUGCUGUGAAUUUUUUCGGAGAAGAAUUCGAGCUGCAAGCGGAACAGACAGCUUGUUCAUUAAAAAUCAACCUGUCGCUUCGCACUUCAUCAAAUAUAUUGUGGAUACUCGUGGCUGCUGCGGCGUUGAUACUUCUCGUGCCCAAUAUUUACGUUGCUUUCGUCGCACUGUGCGUUAUCCUUGCGUUCCUCUGGACAUUUUCAAAGACAGUCGAAGAAAGUAUUCUCGCGAUUCCCGGGCUUGGAUACGAGAUAGAACGGAAAAACAAAUUUGGGACUGUAUCGGCCGAUUGGAUACCCAUCGAAGUCGUAGAAUCUCUCAUCAUUAAAGAGAGAAUUGGGUUUGCUUCGAUAACGUCAUACCUAGCAUUUGUUAUCAAAUGCGGCGACGAAGGACGCAAGCUCCAGCCCUUGUUCCUGGACAUCCGACCUCGUCUGGAUCUGUUGAUACAAGUGUAUCGUGAAUUGUUGGAGACGAUACCAGAACCGGAUGAACAAUCCAAUCAUGAGGCUGAAUAA